CCGUUUCCCUCCGCCGGUGAUUGGACCGUCCUGCGCCGCCGUGCACUGAGCUAACGCGCUGGCUGUGGAGCACGAGCCCCGACAUUCUUCACUUCAAUGGAGGAACACCCCAAAGAUCGGGCACAAGACAGGCAGCAGCACCACAACGGAGAAGACAGGGGCUCCCUCCCGCGCACGGCUUGUCUGAAACAUGAUCGGAGCCAGUUCCAGUGCCAGCAUCAGGAAACGCAGGCGAAGAAAACAGGCAAUAAAAAUGUAAACAUCUGUGACGAAGAAGGGGAGAAGAAUCCACCACUGCCCUACACGUUUGGUGUGUCCCAUCCUUCCAGCAGUAAUGGAAAUAGACAUUUAGGUAAUCCAAAUGUGAAGCAGAAAGGGAUGCAGAAGCACUACACCUCUGUUCCAAAAGCGGGCAGCAAAUUGUCAGAACAUAAGAAAAAUAUGGACUUAAAAAAUGACAAGGAGAAGGGCUUGGAUUUGAGUCAAUAUGAGAUUGAGCCUUCAGAUGAGAAAGACUCUGCUUUGCUUCAGAAUGGGCUGGUGAACUGUGGCCUCAUCACGAAUGGCUAUUCGAUUAAGGACAAUGAUGGCAGUGGCUCUGAAGGCGGAUAUACCACCCCGAAGAAGCGAAAGAGCCGAUGCAGCAACGCCAAGAGCGCCGAUAACACAAUAAAAGAAAAAGAGAGAGACGUUCAGCCCCGCAGCACUACGCAGGAGGUGGAAGCUCUGAACGUCGAGGGGCCCGAGAAAGGAACGGCGUCCAGACUUGACGGCUUCAGAUCCAGUUUUAAAGUAGAAGCUCAGACAACAGCUAAGCGGGCUGUCAUGUCAGAGACUUUGGUUGUUGAAUCUCAGAGGAAAAACUCAGACGGUAAAGCAGCUGGCACCUUCGGUAAGAAAGCUGAGGAAAAGCACAAGGGUAAGCUUUCCUCGCCUUCAAAGGAGGACUCGUGGACUUUGUUUAAGCCCCCUCCUGUUUUUCCUGUGGACAAUAGCAGUGCUAAAAUUGUUCCCAAGAUCAGUUAUGCAAGCAAAGUAAAAGAGAACCUCAAUAAAGUAGCUCAAGGUGGAGGGGAGGCAGCACCUCCUCCUGUGAGACUGUCCCAGGUCCCUAUGUCUGCUAUGAAAACUAUCACCUCAGCUAGCUUUACUAACGGUCCUGUUUCUGGGAAUGGGAACGGCUGCCCGUCUAUGGGUACCUUCUUUGCUCCUGCUGCUAGUUGUAUUCAAUCAGCCCCAUCGAUCCCAGGUGGCGAGAAUGUAGCAUCCUCCUUGGAGAGUAACAGUAGCUCUACAACGAGUCCAGUAGACGGAGAAGCAAGCGAGCACAGAAAGUGUACUGUUUUAAUCUACCCUUUAAAUAUGCAACCUGUGCUCCCGAGCGCUCGUCACCUCGACCCACCGGCUGCUCAGACAAAUCAGAAAGCCCUGGGGGACAUCUUCCAGAAUCAGUGGGGGCUCUCCUUCAUCAACGAGCCCAACCUGGGGCUCGAAGGGGGAAGUGGAUUCGUGCCUGCCGAGGACCAGACUUCUGUGACUUCUCAAAGCCAGAGUCAGGCUGUCGCAGCCGAGGUUGCCCAGCCCCUCUUUGACAUUAGCCCAUCAUUUCUAGAAGCUGAAGCUUUUUCUCAAGAAGCAGAGAAAAGGACUUGUGCCCCCUGCCAAGUAUCCACUGUUUGUUCUCCUGUUUGUGUGGCGAGCGAGGAGGAUAAGCUGCAGCCAAGUGUCCAGGAAAAGACGAAAGUGGAGUUGAAGGGCGUGGGUCCUUCUGUGCUGGCCCCCAGUAAAGACACCGGUGCUAAGCCUGCAGCGGGCCAACAGACCACUGUGUCCUUUGGCUCGUCUAAGGAACUGAUCCACCCUAAAGACUUUGGCAGGAGGUCCAGCUGGGGUUCCUUCGACCUGAAAGCUGCUGUCACCUAUCACACUAAAGAAAUGGAAUUUAUUUUCAAUUUGCAAAAACAAGAUCCAAAAAGAGUAGUAUUUUAUGAUGAGACCAAGGAUGGACCUGAUAAGUGAGGUAGAUCAUCUCCAGUGCUUACUGUCUUCUCCUCUGGGUGCUGCAGUUAUCUACCUUGGAAAAAAAACA